GGCUAGCUUUUCUCGAAAAUGAAAGGGAGAUCCUAGACACAGUAUAUGAAUAACUAAUAUGUAUUAUUAAUUUAAUGUUGUUUGGGACAUGAUAAUAUAAGUAUUAUACGUUGUUCUUUUCACGUGUUUCAUUUUCAAUUCUUCAUGGAAAAGUCUGAAUGCAGGCACGGGGGGACGAAUUGCGCACCAAACUGCUGACGUGGAUUAAUAAAUGAAACGGGGCGUUUUAUGUUAAGCGGGAAAAGCAAAAGCAAAUAUCUUUGGGGAUUGAAAUCUGACAGAUUUCGUAAUUAAAGUGAAAUCUUUUGCCCUCCCCCCGUUCAGAUUUCCUUCCCCUUCGUUUAGCUUUUCCCUCCCCCUGUAUGAAACUCUUCUCAUCUAUCAAUCUCUCCCCCGUAUGAUGCUGUAACUUCGCAGCUUAAUCUUGACUGAAAACCAGUUGUAUUUCUUCUACUGGUUGGCGUAGAUUUGUAGAGAUUGCGAAAACCCUAAAUCGAGAUUGAAAGGUCUUCCCUUCUCUCUCUCUCUCUCUCUCUCUCUCUCUCUCUCUCUCUCUCUCUCUCUCUCUCUCUCUCUCUCUCUCUCUCUCUCCUCUGCUUUUAGUUAUUUUAUCUAUUGAUAUAUUGCGGUUUUUUGUUUUCAAUAUCAUCGAUGUUGUUCCUGGACUCUACGACGUAGAUUCGAGUUUGGAAACCCUAAAUCGAGCCUAACAGGUCUGUCUCUCUCUCAAUGGUGCUUUUGGUUAUUUGGUCUAUAUUUUAAUAAGAUGAAUAAAGUAGAAGCAAAUAAUCUAUAUUCAAAAUUUUUUUUAGGGUUUCUGUUCGAAAAUGUAUAGUUUUGGUUUCACACCGAACAAAGCAUUACGUUUUGAUGUCCUGUUUGGCUGCCGAGAAAGUGGAAGGAAUAGGUUCGAAAAUUUGAACUUAUUUUAUUUGUAAAAAUAGAGUUGAUUUGUGUGUUUAGAUUAAUUUGUUGAAGAGGUUUGAACUGAAGGUCUCCUAAACUGAAACCAUCAAAAUCUAACAAGCCAUUUAUCAAGUUGAUCAUAUUAUAAUAUAAAUCAAACCUUAAAAACAAAAUUUGGUUUUAACUUUUGAUGUUCAAUUCAAACAUUUUAAAAAAAUUAACACAGAGUUAUCUGUCAAAUUAUUGAAUUGUCUUAACACUCCUCAUGAAUAAUUCAAGCAAAAAUGUCAUUCAACACGUAAAAGCUCCCCUGUGGUGUUGGUAUUAGAUGGAACAUCUACAAAAAAUGAUGUGUGAAAAAGUUAGAAGGAAAGAAAUACAUGAGAGACAGAAACAAUAGAUAGUAGUAUGGUUAAAAUGACAUAUGAAAGAGACUUAGGAAAGCAAUAGUUACACAGGAGACUAGAAUGUAAUAAAGUAGAAUAUGUUAACUAACAAGAGAUCGAUUCCUCAUUCAAACACCAAGUUCUAGAGGAACUAUCAAGUUGAUCAUUCAAAAUCCAACCUUAAACUUCCAGUACUCAUAUUAUAAUAUCAUUUGUACAGCUAGAAAACUCAGAAAGUGAUCUUUUUAAGUAAUUAAAGUAUAUUUUUUUGAAAUAGCUAAUAGCUAAUUUAAAUCUGCAAGUAGUAUCGUGAUAUCACUUACAUUUUAAUAUCCAAUGUAAGUGAUAUCGUACAUUUUUUAUUGAAAAGUAGCUAGGUAAUUGCUAGCUAGCCCCUUUUAUCUGCAACAAUAAAGGCAAUUGCAAACCUGACUGCAUUACAAUGGAUCUGCAUAUAUGCAUGCUUUCAUGGAACAGUUAGCUGAUGUGCCCCAUUUUUCUUUAUAAAAUAUGUUGAAACUGAUUUUAUAUUUUGUUUUACACUACAUAAACAUUUGGCUCAAAUUUGUGCUUGUGCAGUUUCAGCUUGUGUAGUUUCAACUUGUGCAGUUUUGUUCAUUGAUUGAGCUGGGUCUAUCAUUUAUGAAUAAGAAAUUAAUCCUUGUGUUUCUGGCUGUGUUCAUGACAUUAAGGCUCUUAUUGCCCUAACACCUGACACUAAUAUGAUUUAUCUGUUUUCCCCAAACACUCCCCUAAUGGUAACUAAGUUACUCCACCUCUCUUCUUAAAAAAAAAUACUUCUUAACCCGAGCAUAAACUAAAAAUGAGAAAAACUUCUUUUUCAUAGCAACAGUAUACUCCAUUGCCUAUUUUGGCAAAAUGUCGUCUGGAGAAAAGGUAUCGAGUGAAGAUUCUUCUUCUUCACUUGUUACUCAUACUUUGAGAAACAAUCCAAUGUGCACUUGUGGGUCACCCGCCUCGCUUAGAAUAUCGAAUACGCCAAGAAAUCCAGGUCGAUCAUUCUUUGGGUGUUCAAAGUACAAUUCUCAGGGGUUACCACACUACAACUAUUUCAAAUGGGCAGAUAGUGAUAGCGGCCAUGAAAGAGAAAAAGAGCUAGUUAAAAUAGAAAUUAACUCCUUAAGGAAUGAGGAAGAACUUCAUAAAACUAAGGCAGAGUUUCAGUUUCAACAAAUAGCUAAAGAGUUGCGAAGAAGAGAGGAAGAGGUUCGAAAAAGAGAGGAAGAGAUUCGAAAUUGGAUGGAAGAGGUUCGAAAAAGAGAUGGCGAAAUUGUUAAGAGGGACUUGGGAGUUGGCUGUCAAUGCAGAAAUAUAAAGCUCUAUCUUAUAAUUUGUAUAUUACUUUAUUUGUACUUCUCACGAUCACAGUGAAUACUCACUGAUUGUCAAACAUUUUGUAUAAAGCUUGAACUUGUGAAUUUGUGCUUUAGACUAGUAGUUAUGGAAAUGUGUAAGAAAUUAUUAGAACAA